CAGGAUCGAGGCGAAGCACGCUGAGCUGAGGGAGCGUCAGGCCAGAGAGAAAGGACCUCUCCCUGAUGUUGAGGAUGAUUACAUGGACCCCAACUACGCACGCAUCAACAACUUCAGAGACAACUCCUCCCCCUACAGCAGAACCCGCACCCCAUCUCCCCAACGCCCGCCGCCCCACGGCCUCGGCCCAGGCCCCUCCCACGGCAACGAGCCAUCCAAUAAGGACCCCAUGGACGGGCUGUACGCCAAGGUCAACAAGCAGAGACAAGCCCCGCCCAUGGCCGACAGUAGUGUGGAUCGUAUCCAGAAGCUGAGGAGAGAGUACCAGCAGGUCUGCAGAGAGGGACCAGCGCCAGUCUAUGAAGAGAUAGAGACCAGACAAAGAGGACCUGAGUACAACCAACACAAGGUGAGAGUGGCUGGACCUGGGCCUGAUCAUCGUCUAGCUCCACGCUACGAAGAGGUGGAGCGACAGUAUGCUUCCUUGCCCAGGCGUGGCCCGAUGGAUCCUUCUGAGGGGUACCCAAUACAGCAGACUGGCUGGGUUGGUCACUACCCUGGCCCCCAACCAGCCUACCCCAAUCCCAACUACCCCCCCAGAGUAGACCCCAACUACCCCUCCAGGGUUGACCCCAACUACCCCCCUAGGGUUGACCCCAACUACCCCCCAAGGGUUGACUCCAACUACCCCCCCAGAGAGAACCCCAACUACCCCCCCAGAGGUGACCCCCGCCAGGCCGACCCAGGGUUCUACCACCCUCCUCCUCUACGCCAGGACGUCCCCCCGUCCCCACUCUGCCCCUCCGAGCCCCCCGUUAUGACACCAUGAACCGUGGGGGAGGAGG